AUGAAGGUUCAUAACAAUACCCUCGUUGCGCUGUUCGACAAACAAGAUUCCUCAAUCAAAGGUCUUCAAACAAGACUCGACGAAGUCAAUCGUCGCGUCACAACAGGCAACAACCUUCUUUCAGCACUAGUGAGAUCAACACGUGCAAACUGGUUACUGCAGCUUGGACACGAUCUGAAGGCCCUCAUGCUCAAGAUUGUAGCUGUUAAUCUCGCCACAUACGCUGCUGUUGACAAGAUACAAGCUUCUGUCCUGGACAUCCAGCUCGUCCUUCCUACACUGACACGCCCAAUCUCGGAUCCGCGUAUAUUCUACCUCGAGGAUGCGAUCGGCCGAGUGAGUACCAUCACUUUAGACUUUAUCACUUCGUGGGAUGCCCUUUUAGCUGUUCUCGAGGUGCGAUUCCAGGGUAAACCAGGUAUUAAGAAAGUACUCAAGAAGGAAUAUGUCUUGCAAAACCGUGCAACUGGCAAGGAUGUCAAUGUCACGCAAAAGUGGGACACUGUUUUUCGCCCUGGCCUUUGGUUCGACAUGGACAUGAUCUUCCAGAAGUCUGAUGACGACAAUUCAGAGAGUUCGCUAGGGACCAAAUGUAUCAGGUGUCACGCAAAAUCUGAGCAGCCAAGGGGACUUGGUAGUACAUGCUUACAUUGCAAGCACGUGCUUCGAAUAGUCGACAUUACAGAUGAGGCUAGUGUCACAACGUUUGCACCGGAAGCCCCCGACUCUCUUGUAACAGCACCACCAGUUAAGCCAGAACGACGUAUCGUGCAUCCUGUACCGCCUUCGGGAUCAGGAAAACGCAAGAGAGACGAUGAUCCGGAUGAAGAGCCCGCAAACUUCAAUCGCGUGAGACUGAUCAAGGCGAAGAGGCGUCGGCUGAACAAAGAUCUGCCAGAGCAGGCUUCAAAUAGAGAGAAACGUAAACAGGAGGAUGGCCUGGAGAUCGACGUUUCAAGUGGCCCAUCGAAGCGCCACAAAUACGAAGACUCACAGGCGGAUCUUCACGAGCAAAACCAUUCGGCCAAGACUUACCUUCAGAGGCAACAGCAGCAGGGCAAGAUGAAAGCAUGGGAGCCUUCGCAGCCAACUAGUGAAUUCAACAAGUCAUCAGGUAAAGAGAACCCGAGCUCGUUUACAAACUACCGAGAUGGGAACCAAAGCUCAAAGUCUAGAGUUCCUUCGGCGAGGAGCAGCCACGCAACCCCUCCAAGUUACAUGCCGUCCUACGUGCCAUCCGGUGGAAUGACUCCAUAUUAUUCGUCAUUUCCUGGAUCCUAUGAGUAUUGUUAUCAGUUCGUGCCCGCUGCUUCACGACGAGAUCAUCGAAGGAGGCAAACCCCACGUCUGCCAAAGCCCGAUGUGGCACAUAAAAGACCUGUGGCAACUGAGGAGGACGCAAUACGAGUAGGUAUACCUUCUGGAUAUUCAUACCGCAAUUGGGAUCCAACAGAGGAACCAAUCAUGCUACUUGGUAGUGUUUUCGACGCGAAUUCACUAGGGAAAUGGAUUUACGAUUGGACCGUCUUCUAUCAUGGCACUGCAACGCCGUUGGCGGAAAUGGCUGGCGAAUUGUGGCUUCUCUUGAUCCAGCUUGCGGGAAAGGUUAAACGUGCUGAAGAAACGCUAUUAAAGAUCAGAAGGAAAGAAAAUCACGAAAUGGUCGAAGACUUUCUCGAAUCCGGUGAACGGCUAUGGAUACGAUUUGCAAAGCUUUUGAAAAUCUGCGAGGACUAUAUGUGGAAAGCUGCAAAGGAGGAGGCUGGUAACGAGAAGCCAGUGUCUAUGGGUAAAAGCUCGGGUCGUGAAUUUGUGGAAUCUAUGUUUGGCAAAGAUCGUGAGCUGGAAAAGACGGAGAAACUAAUGACAGGGAUGCGUUUGUGGUCUAUGAGGUUUGAUGCUAAUUGCGAAGACAUACUGAGAUACCCAUGUUCGUGA